GCCCCAUUUGAGAUAACAAAACCAAACAAUUGCUAGCUAGGGUAAUUACUGUGGAGACCUCUCUCGUAAGGUAAAUUGCCUCGUUAAUUGUCGCCCACGCGUAAUUACACCGUCCAAAUGCAACGAAAAGCUCACCAGUACAGUCAGAACCCAUCCGGUGUGGUCAACAGUUCGUCCAAAAGCGCUCUCUGCCGGAAAACCAAGGCAAAAUCACACCUGUUCUACCUGCACAGGUGAGUGGGGGUUCACAGCGGUCACGUGACUGAAUUCUUUACGUAAAAAACAAGUCAAACCGCGCCUACCGACCCUCUCGUUCGUUAAAAAACGCAUCCGAAAAAUUAAACGCUUUGUUCGUGGGUGUUUACUGAAGACGUUUGAAUUUUGGAAACGAAACGUCGCAAGUUCAAGUGCCUUUUUAAUCCGUCCGAGAAAUCAAUCGAUUAUCCGCAUUGGCAAUGCGAUUUCAGCACAAAUACGUUAAAAGAAAGUGAGUUAAAGUUCAUCUCCAGUGUAAACAACAGUGAUUGUAACGGUUUGAAAAAUUUUUGGAAAAAGAGUGCGUGAUGCGUGUGCGUGAAUUGUGGAACAAUGUGUAGUUUUUUGAGGACGUUGCUUUUGGCCAUCUGUGUUAGUAAUGCCGUUCUGCAAGAAACGGAAGUGUUUUUUGGGAGUACGGAAGGGUCUAGGGGUGGCAGGAGUGAGCAUCCUGGAGGGACGAUAGUUAACGAUAAGUUGGUUUUUUCGAAAUUUAAGAGUCCCUACUGGUUAAGGAAUGACAUCAUCGUUGAGAGAAACGCUGAAUUAAUUAUUGAACCAGGAGUAACCAUCAACGUUGAACCGCAGGUUGGAAUUACCGUUCGAGGAGUUUUGACUGCUGUGGGUACCGAAAAUGAACGAAUCGUUCUAACGACCGCAGAGGAAACCUCUGCGAAGAAUAUUAAUUUCCCCGACAUCCGGCUCUCUGACGGCCCCACGAUCUUAGCGGGCCGUGUCCAAGUGCGUCACAAUGGCCGUUGGCGCAGCGUUUGCACCAACUCCAAAAAUUGGACGCGUGCCGACAUGGAAACGGCUUGCCGCCAACUCGGUUUCCAGGGCGGCUCGUUUUUCAAUUGGUUCGACCGACAAAUGCCCCUCAAACCCCGACUUCUUUACGAAGAACCCAAAUGUUCAGGAACGGAAAGCUCUCUGUUCGACUGCGACUGGAACUCGCGCCAAAUGGGGGCCGGCGUGUGCGACUAUCACCCGGACUUGGCCAUCCAGUGUAGCCCCAGACACGACAGAAAUUUACCGUUCUGGAGAGGCAUCCGUUUUGAGGAUGCUAAGCAUAAUAAAGUCUUGACACAGUCAAACACUUUGUAUGUUCCUGUCUCGGUGUCGAAGCUACAAUACGUACAGAUUUUAUACGCGGGGGCCGGACGUGGCCAGAACACGUCCAGUGCUGUUGAAGUUGAGGGGAUUCCCCCAGUUAUGGAUAAUCUAGAAAUUAUUAACUCGGCCUACAAUGGCAUUAACAUAACCAGGCCGGAGGGACCCUUCAGUGUGACCAACUGCACGCUGAGGGGUAACCGCGGUUAUGGCAUUUUUGUCAACUCCAGCCAUGGCUUAACCCAUAUCGAUGGGUGCACUAUUAACGAAAAUGGGGGCGAUGGGGUUAGAUACGUCCAUGGGGAGGAACGUCCCGAUGAAAGGAGCGAUCGCUUCGGUUACGACGAUUUUUGUAACCUUGCGAUCGUUUCAAGUCAAACGUUCCCCUUGCAACUUUUCGCCGAACAAACGCUGUUUCACAACCAAAUCAAAUCGUGCGAUAAAGUCUUUUCGACACGUAACCGCAACGUUAUCACCUUAUCAGUCAUUCGGGCUGUCACAAAUUUUAAUAACAGUGCCUCUCUGGAAGUCUACGACGGCUCCACUUUAAAUCACCGCUUACUUACCUCUUUCCCGAUCAGAAAUAACACCAGACCUCAGUCCAUUACAAGCACUGGACAACACCUUUUCGUAAAGUUUCGCGCAGCUGCGAGUACCGAAACCGUUGUCUUCAUGCGGGUUUUCGCAAGCCCCAGCAAAAGUUACGACCUAAAUGUUAGUAAUUCGGACGUUUCCGAAAACAUGGGGCGCGGGAUCGCCGUUGAUAAUUUGCGGUCACAAGUCCACGUUUACAAAUCUUCGGUUUCGAAAAACCAACAUGUGGCUGGUCUUCAUGUUACGAGCGGCGUUGGCGAUGUUAACGUUACCGAAAGUCGCAUUUCGUUCAAUGAGGGUGAUGGGAUCAACAUCACUUAUACUGGCGGUAGCAGGAACGUCUCCAAGUCGUCAAUUAGUUCAAACACUGGCUAUGGACUAGCCAUUUGGCUGAACGACACCAAAGAAACCGAAUUUGUCACAGUGAACCAAACCACAGUCGUCCAGUAUUCAGAGAUUUACAAGAAUCUGGACACGGGGAUUUUACACGGCAAUUUCUGCGGCGAGUCUUUUUUUAACUUUACGGGAAACCGCUUCCGGAAUUGUGCAAAUGACGCGCUGGAAGUCCUCACCUGUUGGCGGAACACCAACACUUCGACGAGACUCCAAAUUGGCCAUAACGAAUUUAUUGGUAAUAACAGGAUCGGGUUGAGGCUAACCCCAGCUUUGAACCUUGAGGCCACAAUCGAAUACAACCACUUCCGUCAAGGGUUAUUCGGCGCUCUUUUAAUCAAAAACAAGCCUUUGGAGGAGUUUAAUGUCUUGAAAACCAAUAUUCAAGUCUUCCAAAACUAUUUUAUCAAUAAUACGGGCACGUUUGUGGCCAACUUGGCCCUGUCACCUUAUGCCGAAAACCAAAACUUGUUGUUUAUCCGCAACUACGUUAAAAACAACCGGAUCUCGGAACCCUUCCAGCCGGAAGACGGCUCAAUCUCUAGUCUGAACCCCCGGAGUCGGGUCGCUGCCCCUAUAGUAGUGGGGUCGGACAAUGUCGAUAUUUACCGGAACAUUAUUGAAAACCCUGACUCGAAAUACGAAAUUGGGAGCCACCUGGAGGACCAAAGCAAGUCGCUUAACUGCACGUUUAAUUGGCUAGGGUUCGGGCACGAUGAGGAGAUUCUACCGCGACUUUUCCACCGUCUUGACCGUUAUAAUUUGGCCAAAAUUGAGUUCACUCCAUUUUUAUUGCACAAUACUAAUCCUCUGACCAACCGAAUUAACCAAUACCAGUACUACAUCCCGAAGUUUGUGUCCCCCAGCUCGAAUAAAGUCGGGGGUGAAGUUGAAGGUGAGGAGACUUUGACUCCCGGUGAAUAUGUCGUGGAGAAAGACAUUAAUAUACGACCUGGGGGUAAAUUGUCAAUUGAACCGGGGGUCAUUCUUAGGUUCCCACCUUCGGUGGGAAUGAUGGUUGGCGGGAAACUUGAAGCUAGGGGUAUAGGCCCUGAUAGUAUUAAACUCACACUGAAGGAAGAGAUUUUGCAUGUGCCUGAUAACGAAACGUACGAAAUUGAAACGGAAAAAUACGAAGUCGAGACUGAAGUUGUGCAAAUCGAGCCUAGAGUCCCGAUCCGACUGCUUGGGGGAGCGACGGAGACCGAAGGCCGUCUCCAGGUCAGAAUCAACAACGAGUGGGGCACUGUCUGCAACUAUGGCUGGACCAUGACAAACGCGGCCCUCGUGUGCCAACAGCUGGGCUUUGUCUUGAACCCCGAAGACUGGUUCUUGAAACCUAGCGAGACCCCAGCCGCUGGCACGAGUGAAAAUAUAAUCUUGUCCAACGUCCAGUGUGACGAUUUUGACUUGGACGUCACCAAAUGUAAAGCCGAGACCAAAGGCAAUUUCGAGAACGCCUGCACCCACCAGAACGACGUGGGGAUCAGGUGCUACAAAUCGUCCUGGGCUGGGGUCCGCUUUGGGGCCCUGGCCGAACGAAGCAACAUCCAGUAUAUCACAGUGGAAAUGGCAGGACUCCUCGAUUACGCCACUCGUACCUUCAAGCCCGCAGUCCAGAUUGACUUUGCGAGGCAAAAUUUCGAAAACAUCCGAGUUUCCAAUAAUUACUACCACGGGUUGGGCGUCCUCUACGCCGAUAUUUACACCGAUGAUACAAUCAACAUAAUUAAAAACUCGCAGUUUUUGAACAAUAAAGGCGCCGGUGUUAGUUUCAAGCAACUAGGGUUCAACAUUUUCGGUAGUUUGAUUGAGAACAAUUACUUCGGUGUUAAGCACAAUCCCGUCCUGACCGGGCUCCAGCAACGCGAGUUCGGGGGUUGGUUCCUCACAAGUGACGAUAACGUGCGGUACAAACCGCUAAUGAUCCCCGAAACUUUGGAGGUGAACACCAUACAAGUCGACCGCGGGGAAACGAAGUACUUGGUCACGUCCAAAGUCAUUGGGGAUGAUAUCUCGCGGGUUUACCGCUUCCGGAGCGACCCAGGCUGGGUGAUUGGCAUGCAACUUCUGAACCCGAUUGAGAAUCGGAGCACUGAAAGUAUCGUCAUUCAAGACGCACUUUCGUACAACAAAAACGCCAUUUAUUGGGUGCUUAAGCGCGACCUGACUGUCUUCCCGACAACGUCGAGUAGUUACGGGAUUAUUCUGGAGUACAAUAGUGGGAGUUAUGCCAUCGGUGGUACUGUUAUUGUGAUUAGUACGAUCAGGGCGCCGGUUCAGAAUAUACGCAACCGGAUUGUCAAAGGCCCAGUCCCGACUCUACGAUUGGUUAAUUCCAAAAUCAGGAGUAACCAAUUUGGAAUACACGCCUCGUACUAUAACAGAUAUUUGAACGAGCUGGGUGACCAUUUUUUGCGCAAAGCUAACGAAAGUUUCCAGCUGGUCAAUUGUGAGGUUUCGCACAACUUGAACGAAGCGAUUUUUGUGCAUUCGCCCCAUUGGGACUUGCAUAAGAGUAACCUUUCGGAGGUUGUUAUCAUGAUUAAUAAUUCAUUGAUUACGGACAAUGGCAAGGGUUUUUACCACUUUUCGCGCGACAUGCGCGCCUCUAACAACAUUUUCCAUUACAUUUUGCAAGACGAUACAAUUGAGAGAAACCGCGCUGGUGGGUUCGAUGUCAAUCUGCCGUACGUUUGGCAGUACAAUGAAAACUUCACCCAUUCGGUUUACAUGGAUAACAACACCUGGACGCACAACCGUAACUUCAAAUUCAACAUUGACGGCCACUUCGCCGUGGUUAACGUCACCCGUAACGUCUUCACCGAUAAUAAUUGUGCCACCGGUUUGAUCACAAUCGGCGGAAUGGAGAAAAAACUAUUGAUAAGCCGUAACAAGUUCAAUACGAACAACGGCAAAUUCAUCGUAGAGUUUGUCUCAAACAGCCAGUCGGAGAUAAUCGGCGAAGUCCCAGCCCAGUUCACUUUCAACGAACUCCGCCACAACAAGUUUGCGUUCGGGGGCCGCAGCUUCGGCCUCUUGCAACUCAAGAAAGACCCCACGUCGGUGGUCGCCUUCAAAGGCAUCCAAAAAGUCAAAAUUUUCCGAAACCUAUUUUCGCAAAACCAGCUCGAUUAUCAACUGAUCGCGGGGAUCAAAACCGCCAAAAUCGACACUUUUGUGGACGUGCGCGAAAAUUGGUGGGGCACGAACGACGAGGUGGAGAUCAAGGAGAAGAUUUUCGAUUUCGACGACUGGAACAACUAUGCCAUUGCCAAGUUCAAGCCCUACUUGGUCAAUGACGAUUUCGCGUCGUCUUAUUCCGCUGGUUAUAUUAGUGCCACCACCACUGAUUUGAACAAACUUGGGGGGCGGAUCACCCAGGACUUGGUCUUGCAUAAUGAGAGAAAUGCUCCGUAUGUCGUCCAGUCCGACAUAACCGUUAUGCCAAAAGUCACCCUGACAAUUGACCCGGGGGUGGUUCUGGAGUUUGCGCCAAACGUUGGUAUCCUGGUCUUGGGGAGUUUGCAAGCGCGGGGUUACGAAGGCAACGAGAUUAUCAUGCGGCCGAUUUCCAAAACGGGUUAUUUGGAGUCGAGUUCGACAGUUCGGGAAAAACGCCAAAUUGAGAAUUUGGUCGGUGGCGAAAGCAUCCGUUUGUGCAAGGGCCGGGGGUGUUACGACGGCGAGGAGAGCACCCCACGGGAGGGUUUCCUCGAAUAUUUCAAUAAAACCACCCUCCAGUGGAUCCCCAUGUGCGAUACAAGGUUUACGGAGCGGAACGCGCAAGUUGUGUGCCGGGAGUUGGGUUUUGACCCACUUAACGUGUUUUUCGACCAUGAUGUCAGGAUCGAGUUUCAUAGUAACUCGCUUUCGCGGAUUUGGACCUGGCCUGAGCCGCUCCAGUGCAAAGGAACGGAGAAAAAAUACGAGGACUGUCCCAUCAGACUGAAUGGGCAACAGUUCGGACACCGCCACCGGUGCAAGUGGAACUCUAAGUUUGUGUUCAUUCACUGUGGGCGAAGGAAUUUGGAGCCGAAGUAUGAUUAUUGGGGCGGUGUUAGGUUUGCCAAUCCUGAGUUUGAGCAACAGUUGUACGCUCAUCGCAUUCACGACGUGAAAACACACUCGACCAUGCAGAGUCAGGAGUCGGUGAUGGAGUAUGUUAAUAUAAUCGGGGCUGGGAUUUUGCAUAAUGAGAAAUCGCCGGCGAUUCAGAGCAUUAUUAAGAGCCCCAAGAUUAAUUUCGUGAGGGUUUACAAAAGUGCCUCACAUGGGAUUAAUUUGAUUUCGCCUUCGAACACAAUGAAUCUGUUGUAUAACACGGUCGAGGAUUCGCUGGGUGUGGGCAUAAAUACGUUGUCAGUGACCGGCGAAGGGAGAGAAUCGCAAGAAUCAAGCUUCACUCCCUUGAAAAGUUUGAACAUUCCCUACAAUCUGUUCAGUCUGGUUGACAUGUGCGACACCCACAAGGAGAUAGAGAUCCAGGAGCGCAUCCUGCUGUACUACAAGUACGACAAUCACCCAGUCAAUUGCAUCAAAAUUUUCAAGAGCGCCUACAACAUCAAACCGCUCGGCUUCCGUUUGCUACAGUUCAACUUGUUUAACUCGACCCAAAAAUACGGAAUCCCCGAUUUUAUCUCACUGUACGACGGUGAUAUUUACAACGUCACCUCGAAACUUAUCGACCGCAUAACCAUGAUGUCCCACAACGAGAAAAGACUAGUCCGAACCAAAUUGCCAAGCCUUAGUAUCAAACUUUUCGCAAAUGGAGCUUCGUCCAAUCACGGUUUUAUCGCCGAAGUUGUCACACUUCCAAUCUCAGCCAUCGGCUUCAAUCGGGACGUGCAACACAACAUUUCUUAUUCCGUGGUGAACAACAACAGGGAAGGCGCAAUGUUGUACAUGUCAGCGGGCGAAGUCAACCCGAUUGUGACCAUUGACAAGAACCAGUUUAGAUACAAUUGUGAGAAGCUGUACGGGAAUUUCACGACUUGUGAUGCCGCCGUGGAGAUCGAUAUACAAAACACCCAGACUAUUUUUUUCAGAAAUAAUUUGGUUGAAGGUAACCAAGGGGGGUUGGCGAUCAAGGCGGAUUCGCGCGGCUCAGCCACCUCUCUCAAGGGUUACAUCCACAAUAAUUUGUUUGUGAAUAAUAGCAACUUGCCGGUGUUGUACGUGGAAGGACGGCAGUCGUCCCCCUAUCAAGAAGUGGUGAUUUACCGAAACUACUUUACGAGGAACAAAGCACAAUACUACAAUAAUAUUGUUCUGAAACAGGUCGUUUCCAACUUUACGCUAAAUUACGUGAAGAGGAAUGUCGGUUUGAAAAAUUUGGAAGUGUCAGGGUUUGAUAAAGUCAGGCUUCCGAUUUACCAAACGACGUCUCAUAAUGGGUUUUAUCAUAAUUAUGCCAUUCAUCGCGAUAGCAGAUCGACGAUUGUGGCGGGGACUGCAGGUCAACAUUACGUGGAUAAUAUCUUCUUUAACCCAGAUAAUGAUUAUGAAAUGAUAACAGUAAACAGAUCUCUAUUUGAAUUCAACAGCACUUUACAAUUAUGGAACACAAAAAUCGACGCUGCUUACAACUACUGGGGCCUUAACAACUCUCUGGGUGUCCGAGGUCGCAUCAAGGACCAAAGCGACGAUCCUCGUCUCCUUGAAGUUAUUUACGAGCCUUAUCACAUGAACAAUAAAUCAGUUUUACUCAAUAAAAAAUGUCCCCCGGGAUGGGAUCUCGUCGGAGGGACUUGUUAUAUUUAUAUUGGUGCUCCCAUGACCUUCCAUGAAGCUCGAGCUUUUUGUCAGGCUGAUAACGCAACAAUGCCGUAUUUGUUAGGCAAUUUGAAUUACAUCGAACUGUAUGAGUUUUUACGAUCGCAACAACAGUGGUUUUUGUACAAUGAUAGGAUUUGGGUGCAACAUAUCGACAAAAUCAACGAGUGCACCAUGUUUGCCUACCAAAGGGUCGAGGUUGAUAACUGCGAUCAAAGGAGUCCCUUCAUCUGCGAAAUAGAUCCUAAAGUUUCGAUAAACAUCCUGCCAUUGACCGACGAUGUUGUUACAAUAGCCGUUCUGUCAAGCCUGGCUUUGGCCUUACUUUUGAUGGCCAUAGUCGGUGUUUUUUGGUGGAGCAAAUCAAAGUAUCGCCAAACCCAAAGGCUGGAAAGACGGAACAGUAUCAGGCAAAGUUUACAUUCAUUGCGCUCCGUUGGCCUGGCACCUGGCAGUUUCUCUGACGCUAGUUACCGCCGAAAAGUGGCACAACUUAGCUCGCGCUCAACCGACACACUAACAAAAAAUUCCGAAUACAAGAAAAUGAUAACGAAUGGAUCACUAGACAGUAUGGAAAAAUCCACCUACACGUCGUCCCUUGACGACAACCAGUCGUAUGACGUUUACGAGGCCCAUAACCCUAACCCUUCCGCUUUUGCUUAUAGCCCUACAAUUGAGUAUCACAAAUCACCAAAUAGGUUCGAUGCCCAGUAUGCCAAACCUAACGGGUUCGAACUGGCGUACAAAAACGAGGGUUUUCGCGAUAAUUCGACUUUUGCAACGAAUUCAAAUUAUCAAUCACGGGCCGAAAGCAUCCAAGACAGUACCAACGACGACAUCCCGAUUAUCCAAGACAACGUUGGCGGGAACAGUGUUUCCUACCCCCCUAGUGAAUACUACACCACUGACACGCUCCCCCUGAGCGGAAAAUCGGACUCAACCCUUGACCUGAAGAAGGGAAUUGAUGAUUAUAAUAAAAACCGCAACUACGACCCGAUCUACAGUCGCGAAAGACCAAAUGCGAAUUUGUUGAACGAGUUGAAAAAUAAAUUCCCGCAAACGCCGCCGCCGCCACCAGACCCGGUCCAAUCGCCCACUUAUUCGGAAAAGUUAGACAGUCUGCAAUACUCCCCUGAUUAUAACACGGUGGCGUUAGCUGAGCCCUUCUCUGCCAAUAUACUUGAGACCGACUUUGACGAGCCGCACCCACGGCCGAAAGUUCGGGCCAAAAGUGAGGUGCUGCUAGAGACUAACUUUGACUACACUCCGCCUAGUGGUAGUCCGCAGUUGAAUCACCCAAUCACCGAAUAUAAUAGAAGUAAGAGUCAACCGUUGGAGACAGCGAUGUGAUAGUGUUUGAACUGAUUUUAUUGUAAGUGAUUACUUUGUGAUACUAGGAACUGUUAAUUCAUCUGUGAGAAUAUCGACGAUGUGUUCGUAAAUUUAAUUGUAUUUAUUGUUUUGUACGUCCGAUUUUAACAAUGACUGCGUUAGGAUAAGGAACAAAUCUAUUGUUACGACUAUUGAUAAGUGCAAUUAUACCGUAGUUAUUUUGAUAAAUUGCUUUUUUACGGAUGUUAGUUACAAUAAGUUAGCGAAUAAGAUCUCAUGUUUGUAAAUACCAUUGCGAAAUAAACAAACUCAUAGUCAUUAUGAGGUAAUUAGAA